AUGUGGAUGAACUAUGAAGACAUCAUGCUGAGUGACAUAAGCCAGUCACAAAGGGACAAACACGGCACGGUCACACUUCGGGUGCGGAGGGACCGCAUCCUGGGGCACCUGUCUUCGGGCGGGCACUGCCGGAACCGCAGACUCGGCCGGCAGCUCGGCGUCCGCUCGCCGCCGGAGCUCGUGUGUCAGCCUGCGUGGGCCGACCGGCCGACACCCGCUGUCUGUCAUCUUCUGUCUAGUUCGGCAGCCUGGGAGCUUGCUGCAGCCGGCCUUGCCUCCCACCCCAGUCACCCAUCUCUGCGUCCCCAGCCUCCACUCGUGCUCCCGGCCAGCCCCGCCAGCGCCUGCACGGGGGUGAGGGGGGCGCCCUCUCCUCCCACUGGCCACACGUCUCUGGGCCCUGGCCACCCCAGUGCUCUCAGCUUGACUACCAGUGAUGUGCCUACACAGGUGGACCAAACGGUGUGUACUUCCACCGCCAACCUUGCCGCGUUUCCAGCCCUCCAGAUGGAAAGGCCAUCAGUCCCCUCAAAGCAGGCCAACCAAACACUUUUUCAAGAGUCCUCCGACGCCUUGGUGUCCAGAGGUGGCAUGAGGCAGCUUCCUGAUACCGGAGCAGGGGCCCCUGGCCGCCUUGGCCAGGCUGUCUUUGGGGAUGGGUUUGGGAGCGAAAAGCUGUUUCAGAGCUUGAUGGGUGAGGACAGCUGCUGCUUGCUUUACGUCAUCGAGGACCAGCUGUGUGAUGUGGAGCACGCCUUCAGAGCCGAGUUUGGCCAACACACAGGUGGUUCGCAAACAGAAUGCAGACGUGGUCCUCAGUGACCAGCGGUAGGAUUUCAGUGAGUGUACAGAUGUCACUACCCGCCGUGGGUGGGCACUGCUCUAGGGGCUGGAGGCAUGGCCCCAAAUGCGGCAGAGCACCACUCUGUGCUGCUGAGUUUGGUGGAGAGACAGACAAGUAGAUCCCAGUGCCCGUCAGAGGCACUGAGUCCCGCGGAAGAAGUCAGGCUGCAGGAGGGGGAGGGUGGGGAGCUAUUGUUUCAGAUGACGUGGACAUCUGAGGAGGGGCCGGUUGAGCAGGGACCCAGACGGGGGAGUGAACGGCCAUGCAGUGUCCAGGGGCAAGCACUCUGAAGAGAGGACACCGAGUCCUCUUAAGGCCUUGAAGUAGGAGCCUGUGUGUCUUGUUUGAGGGUGAGCAGCACGACAGAGCCGGCAGGACUGUACUGAACCUGGGUGAGGAGUGGACAGUGAGCUCAAGAGUGGUGGCCAGAGUCCCGGCCUGGAGCCUGGACGGCCACGCAGACUUUGGAUUCUGUUCGGAUUGCCUUGGGAAGCCCCUGGUGGCGUGAGCAGAGGCCGGCUGAUCCAACUCAAGAGUUAGAAGCAUCGCUCCAGCAGGUCCUUUCACUGCCGGGGACAGCACACUCUGUGGCCAAUGGUGGAAGGAGGCAGGGAGACUAGGGUGGGCCUGGUCACACAGGUCAGGCCUGGACCAGAGUGGCAGCGUGGUCAGAUUUGUGAUGUUCUGAAAGUAGAGCCUUUGACAGCGGCUGAGUUCCUGGGAGCUGGCUUCCUUCCUGACCCACACGGCUGAGGAGGGCGUUACCUGCCCUGACUGGGGGCAGCAGCGUCGCUGCAGCUGAGCGGAACGCUGGGAGGCGGCACUCCAGCUUGCUGCCAGCUCAGUUUGGCAUGAUCGCAGCAGGGUAGCCAGUCUUGCCAGGCAGCACCCAGCCAGUGGUGUCAGGUGCCACCCAGCCAGCUCAGCCACAGCCAGGGUGGCACGACUCAGCGUUCACUGUCAUGGG